GACCUUCAGCAUUUCUCCAGCUGUUGCAUCUCUAAACAGCUCAGAUGGACCGAUCCGCACAAGAACUGUUUCUGAACUUUAUGGUUGUAUUCAUCACAGUUCUGCUCAUGUGGUUACUGGUCAAACAAUAUCAGGACUCAUGAAGAGCUCAUCAUCAUCGGAGGAAGGCCAGUCAGCUGUGAUCAUGAGACCAGACGGUGAUGUUUCUGCAGACGGAUGGAAGAUCUGCCAAUCAGGAUGGAUCGUCCAGUGAUGUUGUCACCAUGUCCUAAUGGAUUAUUGUUAUAUAUGAUUUGCUAGUCUGGAUGUUUAAUUCGACAAAUUGGGGAAAAAAUGAAUAGCCGAAAGAGUAGCAAUGUAUUGAUUUAAGACAUAGUUUUAUUUGUUUUAAUAAACAGCUCUUUGGCAAAGCA